AUCAGAGGGCGAGCACCACUGACUGCUCAAGGCAGCUGCUGGACACCUGUUGCCAAGGAAACUGAAACGGCGGGAAAAUUAUCUGUUAAUGACGUGAAGAGCUGUUAAGGACAGUCAGUCAUGUCGUCUCCUGUGCUGCUUAACCUUCUACGCUGUGGCCGCUUCUCCGUGGGCAGGCAAACCCUCGCCGCUGUUCAAUCCUCCCUGGAGGCCUCCACUCAGUCUGGGCAGGUGAAUCUGUCUACCCAGAUCCAAAGGUUUGGUGGUUUCCUGUCAUGGAACAGCGUCGGUCAAGCAAACGUUAACGGGCGGCUCGCCAUGACGCGCAGUAUCGGAGACUUCCACCUUAAAUCCAGCGGCGUAAUCGCAGAACCGGAAACACGUCGACUCUCGGUCCAACAUGCAAAUGACUCCUUCCUGGCUUUGACCACAGAUGGUAUUAACUUCCUUUUGAGUGAUCAGGAGAUCUGUGAUGUCAUCAACCAGUGUCAAGAUCCCACUGAAGCAGCAGAGAUCAUUUCUCAGCAGGCUCUGCAGUAUGGCUCGGAGGACAACGCCACCAUCGUCAUCAUCCCAUUUGGAGCCUGGGGGAAACAUAAAAGCUCAACCAAAAUCUACAGCAUGAGCAGGAACUUUGCUUCGAGUGGCAGAUGGGCAUAGACAAAAACAUACAUAAAACAUCAACUCAGACAAUCAUCUUAAUGUCACUUUAAGUAACCCCGAUUUUCCUAAAUUAUAAAUAUUGCCACACAUAAAUCCAUCCAAACUGCCACCCACCAGCGUUAUCAUGUCCCUUCCCAACUCAGUAGUCAAUUCUGUAAAUAGAGUGUAAAAUAAUAAAAUGUGUAUAUAUAUAUAUGUAUAAAUAUAAAGAUUUAAUGAAGUGUUGUUCCAUAUAUCAGCUUUGUAUCAUUAAAUAUUGAGCCUUCAGAGAAACCUUUUUAGUAUAUUAAUAUUUUUCCUGAGAGCUGGCAUGGAGUUUCCAGCAAUUAUCAAGAUGAAGGCAAACAUUUUUACCCCUCAAAAUAAUUCAGGAAUAAAAAAGCAGGUUAUUUUAAUCAAUACCAAACCCUUUGUUUAAAUUAUGAGUUACAUUAUGGUUUUGAUCUUCUACUCAUUGACCACCUGUAGAUGUUAACCAUGAUAUCUACCUUAAAUGAAUACUAACCCUGAGCUCUCUACAAUGAUAAAGCUCCACAAA